CCAGGUCUCUCCAGGUCUCCUCCCCGCCCUCAUCCAGUCAUUGGUGGAGGAGGAGGAGGAGGUGGGGCGGGGUCGGAUCUCCAGGCCGUGUGUGGCUUUGGCCAUCCCGCGUAGGGCAGCAGCCGUUGAGAAGGCGAGCAGACAAAGUUAAACACGCAGUAGCUUGGCCUUUCCGCCAGUCCGCUAGCCUGAGAGGCCGAGGGAGCGAGCAUCCAAGGUUCGGACGACGGUGUUUCGGUUGCGACCCGACCACGAGGCAGGCAAGCAAAGACGGGAAGGUGCCAUGGACCAAGGGCCACAGGUUAGAGCUUAGACGGGGCAGACUGCUUCCGGCCCUUGGACUGCUUGACAGAAGAGACAAGACUUCCCGACACACCUACCACUUGUACACCACCUUAUUCUGCCACCACCACCUUAAACUGCCACCACCUCCUCCUCCGCAGCCGCCACUACAGGCCAGGCCAGAACAGGAGAGGACUUGAACAGGACAGGCGAGGACAGGACAGGACAGGCCAGGCCCCAUCAUCUCCAAACCUUGUCCACAUGCCCACCUCCCACAAUUGACCUCUCGGUCCCGAGCACGACCGCUAAUUACUAACAACCUUGGAACCUUGGACGUUGUUAUUACUGUGCCGCCCUUAAGACGGGGGAGCUCUAACCAACCUCUGACGGCGACAGCCACCGUCCCCGACGCGACAUAGGACCGACAAACCACUCCGGGCAACAAGUCCUGGGGCCUGAGUCUUGGGUUCGGGGGCACACUGGUUUCACAGCUGAGCAGGGCGACUCGCUCGGGUCGCACUGCGUCGCCCUGGUGCCAGGUCGGAUGUCUGCUCCUGUUCCUGCUCCUGUUCCUGCUCACGCCGAAGCUGCCUCUCCUGCCGCUGCCUCAGACGCGGCAAUCCACGUCGCCAUUGCAGACGAGAUCGAGGUCGCUGCCGACGACACCCCUGAGCCCCCGAUCCUGCCCCACGCGCUUGCAGGGGAGGAGCACGAGGACAGGGAGAUCGAGACUCGGAUCGAGACUCGGCAGCAGCAGCAGCAGCAGCAGCAGCACCACGACCACCACGACCACCACGACCAGGGCCAGGAGCAACCUCAGCCUCACCCUCAGCCUGGCCAGCAUGAGGAGCAGCAUCACCAGCGAGAUCCUGAUCCGCAGGGGCAGCAUGAUCCCCAGCACGCUGAGGACGGCGCCCACGAGGCAUUGAACGGACAUGGUUCGGGCUCUGGGCAGGAGAAUGACGAACUCAAGGGCCACGGUACGUUACAUUCAUUUCCCUAGCUUUUCCAUGUCAUCUUUUGGCGCUUCCGACGACACGCUCUCAUAUCGUAUACGCCCUCUCUGCUAUUCUCCCUGCCUCUCGCGCUCCUCCCCGGCCCCCACUCUCUCCCCUUCCUGGCCGUCUCCCGUCGCUCGAGACCGCCAGGCUGGGUCGUCCGGCCCGGCCAGGUUGGGCUGGGUUGGUUUGUUGAGCUGCCCAAGCCCAUGUCCAUGUACGGAGCGCGGAGUAGGGCACGCCAUGCCCAUGCCCAUGCCAUGCCCACGCCGAGUCUGUGGUGUUUCCCAUGCCCUGUCUCGCCUUGCCUGGCCGCGCGAUCCCACCAAGCCAUGGAUCCCUCGCGUCCGCCGCUCACCUUAGCCCCAUCAUCCCGUCUGCUUGUUCGUGUCCUAUCAGCAUGUCAUAUCGGUCUGCAAACUUCCCACCGACAGACGCCAAACUCUCGCAAGGAUUCUACCCAACGCCGCGCAACAUCAUGCCAUGCCAACCUAACAACCCCGUUCGGAUCUGCAAACCAUGCCUCUGCGCUCCCAUACGGGCUCCAAUAGCCGGAUGAUCAACUGCCGUGAUUGAUCGGUCCACAUUGGAUGGACGGCGAGCAACACCGGCGCAACCAGGGUCUCCUCCUCCCACCUAUGACCACCGUGUGUUCAAUGUUCUGCGCCGCCCGCCGCCCGCUUGCCUCUCUGCCUCUCCGUGCCCCCCCCCCCAAGCCUCCCGCAGUCUCGGCCCAGGGGAGAUGAGCCCAUUAUUGUACCAGCCCGUCCAGGUCGAUCGCUGGAUGCCCCGUGCAGACCAGCAUUGUCCCUCCUGCUCAUGCCGCUCCCAGUCCACCCGGGCCCAGAUGGGACCCUCUGGCUUCUUGGCGCGAACACCUUCAACGGGAGCUUUUGCAACGGCUACCCGUUGCGCCUGUCCCCGUCACAUGGCCGCCCAUUCCCUCUUUACACUUUUCCCAUGCGACUGCAGCUCCCGAGUUUGCCCCCCUCUCCUCGUCAAAUGUUUCACAGCGACCCACAGCCAGGGAAGACAGGGUAACGCCGCCAUGGGCACGGUGAAGGUGCUUGCUGCCGUCUGAUGUCCCCAACGCUGCAUCAUCUUGGCUUGUGCUUGUGUUUGCUUCCUCCUGUGCUAUGCUGUUGUGUGAUCGCUCCCUGUCUGGCCCGUCUGUCUGUUUCUGCCACAGAAGCCCCCGCCUCUCCUCGUGUGCUGUGCCCUGUUUAUAUAUAUUUGGCAUCUGGCAUGUGCGCCCGUCCUCGAGAUCACUUGUUUAACACCAGCUAUGGCAGAACGAAAAGGCUCCGAGGGCGGCUCAGCAAGGCAUGGCCACUCUGUGCCACCCGCCUCCUUCCCAACACACAACUCCCCCAGGACAUGGGUCCUGACACAGGCUCUAUCGCCCCUAGCCAUCAGGCUCAUCAGGUUGCUGCUGGCCCACGGGGAUUAUGUCGUGGCUUGCCUCCCGCCGCAUGAGAUAGAGCACGAGGACAGGAGUGCCGAUUUCAGAGAGCUCAUCAACGAGUGCAAGAGCAGUCGCAGGGACCGUGAGGGCUGGAAAGACCGGAUACGAGGCAUCCGUUGCGAUGGCCGCUCCAUGGGCCAGUGCAGCGCGGCCAUUGCCGAGGCCGUCCAGGUUUUUGGCCGCGUAGAUAUCUUGCUGUGCUGCAAGUUUGAAUCCGUUGUCGGCACGGUUGAGGAGCUGUCGACAACAAGAGCAACACAGAACCUCGUCAGGGACCAGUUCGAGACCAUCUUUUUUUCACAGGUCAAUUUUAUCAAGGCUGCACUACCACAACUAAGGGCGCAACACACCGGGCACGUUGUGAUUCUCACCAGCAUCGGUGGUCACAUUGGCACGCCCGGCAUGCCCACACAUACAGCGGCGACUUGGGCGUUGGAAGGUUUCUGUGACUCCCUGGCUUAUGAAAUCGCGCCUUUUAACAUCAAGGUGACGAUCGUGCAGCCAAACAAGGAGAUACAGUGCCUGAGCAACAAGAUUAUCAUGGCGCCGCAGCUGCCGUGGUACGACAGCGAGAUCAACCCGGCGCCGUCGGUACGCGACAUGAUGACCAAUGUGCUCAACACAGACCCGGAGACGGCAGUCGAGCCGUCCGACACGGAGAUCCUGCACCGCUAUCCGAAGCUGCCCGCCUCGGCCACGGAGAGGCUGGUGAUGGAGACGGUGCAUGCACUUACGGCCAUCGGUGGCCACGAGAACCCGCCGGCGAGACACAUUGUGGGCUUUGAAGGAGCUGCCGCCGUGAAGGAGAAGCUCAAGACAGUCACGGAAGAGCUUGAGGACUUUGUCGAGGCGAGCGUGGCAGUCGAUAUCUUUGAGAGCCAGCUGAAGACCGAGGCCACAGAGGGCAGAGUCCAUGACGCACCUUUACGUCCUGAAGCCGAGGGGUUGGAGGCGUUCGACUUUAUGUCAACCUAAUCUGCCAGCCAGGAUACAUACAUUGCGCGAAUUGCGCGGAUCGCACCGGGCUACGAGACAAAAGAUAACUUUCUCCUGUAAAUAGAGUUGUACAUUCAUUGGAGAUGUUAUUAUUGAGGGAUCAACUUCACACCCCUGCCAAAACACAGCACUUGACAGUGGACCAUGCGAGUCUGUUCGCCAGCUCCCAGCGGGAUUACCAACACAGCUCAAUAGAGUUCCG